GCCAGGCCCGCCGCCGCCUGUUGGGCCGUUGCCGUGGUUACCGCGGCGGCUCUGGCGCCGAGGCGUCACUUCCUGCGCGCCGUUGCCCUUCGGGCGCCCUGCAGCCAUGGAGGCUCUGUGGGCUGCGUUGGACGAGGUAGCCCUGGAGGGGCUGGACGGCGUAACCCCAGGCGCGCUCUGGGACCGGCUUGCGGGUCGCGUGCCGCCCUUCCCGCUGCCCCUGGAGCCGGGCGCCCGUGAGCUGCUGUGGGCUACGCUGGCUGCGCAGGCCGAGCUUCGCUUCCAUCUGCUGCCCCAGCCGCGCCCGCCGCUGCGCCUCUUCGACCGAUAUGAGGAAAUCGAUCUUGAGACGGGAAUCUUGGAGACCAAGCGGGAUCCCGUUCCAUUAAGCGACAUUUACCCGGUGCAUAUGAUUUUGGACGAGGGCGUCCAGGGCUCCUGCCAGUAUUUGAAAGAGAGGCUGGACGUUACUGAUCGGAUCAGGACUAAGGACAUGCAGCCCUGUUGCUCGUACGUGGAGGUUUAUGAGAAUUGGGGAGAGAGGCUGGUCAUUGUUGCCUCCCAGGUAUUGCGCCACAGGGCACUAAUAGGUUGGGAAGGGGAUCCAGACUUAAAGCUUCCUGACUUCUCCUACUGCAUUUUGGAGCGAUUAGGACGAGCUCGCUGGCAAGGAGAGCUCCAAAAAGACCUCAGUGUGGCUUUUAAGGUGGAUGCUGGAAAGCUUCACUAUCAUCGAAAAGUCCUGAUCCAAAAUGGGCUGAUCUCAAUGCAGUCACACGUGAUUAGGUUGCCCUCAGGGAUCCAACAGCACUCCAUUCUUCUGCUUCUCAGCCGCUUUCAUAUUGACAGGAGGAGCAAAUAUGAUAUUCUUAUGGAGAAGCUCUCUGGCAUGCUGAGCAGCCGGCCAGGUCAGAUGGAAACACUGGGCAACAUAAAGGAGGAACUGGGUCUCUGUGAAAAAACCUUUAAGCGCCUCUAUCAGUAUAUGCUGAAUGCCAACUUGGGCAAGAUGGUCUCUGUUCCGCUGCGGGACAUGUGUUCUGACGGGAGGCCUUUCAAGACAAAGAAGGGAACUCAAGUCAUGGUCCGUUGUUUAAAGCUAGUGAAGGAAUAUCAGAAGAAGGUGGCUGACUUCCACGAUGAUGACGAAGAAGAAAUGAUUGCCAAAACCGUGCAGCCCGUGGACAUUGUGUAUGAAAAGGACAUGCUGGCACAAGCAUAUGAGCUGAUUGAAAGCUGGGGGACCAAAGGUAUUUCUCAGGCAGAGCUUCGAGCUGCGAUGAAUGUGGGAAAGCUGGAAGCCCGGAUGUUGUGUCGCUUGUUGGAGAGAUAUAAAGUGAUAAAGGGGUUCAUGGAGGACGAGGGCAGGCAACGGACAACCAAAUACAUUGCACGGAUGUAUGCAGAACAGAGCAACCUGAGCCAGCAGUUUGAACGGGAGAAGGCUCGGAGUGAGAAGCUGGCCCAGGCCAACAUAGCUUUUGCACAUGAUGACCCUUUGCCUGGAGAACAGCUCUCGCUGGCAGAGGAGGAAGAGGAGGACGAGGAAGAGGAGGAGGAAGGGCAGGCAGUCCUGGAACUGGAGAAGGAAGAGGAAGAGAAAGACGGUGCAAGGCAGAAGAAGGGCAGUGCACAGGCCCUGCCCGGGCUUGAUUUUGAAGGAGGAGGUGGGCUUUGCCAGUCAACAAGAAAGAAAGCAGCUAAGAAGAAGAGGUCAUCUCUGCUCCCUCUGGAAUACUUGGAAGGCAGGGAUUCUGCUCUGGACUGGCUCAGGUCGGAAGCCAGCCGCUCCAGCUGUGCCCGUUUCAAAGCUGUCUCUGGUGAUGCAGCCGUGGUGGAAGAAGUCCUGCCUAAGAGUUGUGAUGAAAAGAAAAAUGAGAAGAGCUCACAGGCACCCCCAGUGGAGCGAUCCCAUGAGACCUACCGCCUGCUGAAACGUAGGAAUCUCAUCAUUGAGGCAGUUCGAAAUCUGCGCUUGAUUGAGAGUUUGUUCGUGCUUCAGAAAAUGAUCCUGGAUCAGGAAAAACAGGAAGGGGUUGCCACCAGAUGCUGCAAGAAAUCCAUUGUUCGCUUAGUCCAGAAGCUCUCCCAGGAAGGCCUUCUGCGUCUCUUCCGCACUACUGUUAUCCAGGACGGCAUCAGUCGCAAGGUUGAAUUUGUGGUUGAUCCAUCUGUGACUCCAGGUGACCCGCUGGUGAAAAGUGCCAUUGAGCAAGUGCGCUUCCGAAUCUCCAAUUCAAGUUCUGUGAACAGGAUUAAAGUUCAACAGGCACCGAUGUCGCCGGACCCACAAGGACAGGAAUCUGGAGCUGAGACCACCCUGAAGGAAAGGAAAGAUUGUACUUUUUCUUGCCAAAGUGAAAUAGCUGGUGAGAAGGUGUGCAUUGCCAAAUUCAACUACCAUCCCGUUACAGUGCCAGGCCUUGGUCGCUCCCUGGGUUUCCUGCCCAAAAUGCCACGCUUAAAGAUGACUCACCUCUUCGUCUGGUACCUGAUCUAUGGACAUCCUGCCGGCUCGCAGAGGAGGAGACCUGGUUGUGACCUUCUGGGAGAGGACACGGGCCGCGCCUCCUCCAGCUCUCCACUUGAUGCGGCAGAUGACAAGUCUCUGCGAAGCCCAGAGGUUCCUGCCUAUGAAGGAGAUCUGGAGCUUGAGGAACAGAAAGUGUAUGUGGAUGAGGCCUCCUGGAAGCGUCACAUCCCUCCUCUGCCAGUCCACCGGGAGUUUGGACACGGCUGGGCGCUUGUUAGUGACCUUCUUCUCUGUCUGCCUUUGUCCAUCUUUGUCCAGAUAGUGCAAGUCAGCUAUAAGGUAGAUAACCUGGAAGAUUAUCUGAUGGACUCUCUGAGGAAACACACACUCAUCAGAAACCUUCCCAGAUCGGUUCGGCAGCAGCUCGUUUAUAAGCGGAGGUACAUCUUUUCAAUAAUGGAAAGCCUACAGCGAUUAUGUUAUAUGGGAUUACUGCAAUUUGGCCCCACAGAGAAAUUUCAAGAAAAAGAUCAGGUGUUUGUGUACUUGAAGAAAAAAGCAGUGAUUGUGGAUACCACCAUCUGUGAACCCCAUUACAACCUGGCUCAAAGCAGCCGCCCGUUUGACAAGCGCCGUUAUACCCUGGGCACUCUCCAGGAUGUGGAGAACUUCUGGUUCGACCUGCAGUGUGUCUGCCUCAACACACCCCUCGGGAUUAUUCGGCAGCCCCGGGCAAAAAGGAGUGGCACUCCAGUUGGGGAGGCAGAUGCUCUCUCAGACGUAGCCCUGGAACAAGAAUCAGCAGCCCACAAGCACAACCUGGAGCGCAAGUGUGCCAUGCUGGUGUACACAACAGGACGCAGAGAGGUGGAGGACGAGGGCUCUGUACCAGGGGACGGGCUCGGGGCAGGCGGUUUAGACUCCAGCUUUUACAGCCACUUGAAACGCAACUGGAUCUGGACAAGCUACAUCAUUAAUAAGACUAGGAAGGAAAAUGCAGUUUCUGAAGCUGGGCACAUGGUCAGACUGCAAACCUUCCUGCCCAAGCGCUCCCUGCCAUUUGGCCCUGGAGGUGCCCACAGUGCUCCCUGGAAAGAGAGUUUGUUAGCUUCAGAACCUGCUCUGCAGAGAGAGGACCUGGCUAUUGAGAAAGAGGCAAACCUGAACAGAAGCCAGAGGGUGAGGGGGGGGAAGAGUCAGAAGAGGAAACGGCUGAAGAAGGACAUGGUGAAAAAGACAAAGAAAAGGAAGAGAAAGAGAGAUGAAAAUCCUGAGGCAAAGAACCCAAAGCCACGCUACCACGAUGAGGUAGACCGAAGGGCUCUGCAGAGGAUGACCCGCCUGCGUGUGAUGUGGACCGUGCAGGAGGACAGCCUGCUGAUGCUCUGCCGCAUUGCAAGCAACAUUCUGAAUGCCAAGGUGAAGGGGCCAUUUGUCCCCUGGCAGGUGGUCCGAGAUAUCAUGCAUGGCAGCUUUGAGGAAUCGCUAGACAAGACUUCUCAUUCCGUUGGGCGGCGGGCUCGCUACAUUGUCAAAAACCCCCAGACUUACCUCAACUACAAAGUUUGCCUUGCUGAAGUCUACCAAGACAGAGCCCUGAUCGAGGACUUCAUGAAUAGGAAGAGCGACUACCAGGAUGCCAAGGUUUGUUCCGAAGAGUUCAAGGACUUUGUGGAGAGGCUGAAGGAGAAGUUCAGCUCCACACUGGGGAUUCCCAGGCCCACCAUUCCGGACACCUUGCAGGACCUUUUCCUCAGGUUCCGGGUUCUGGCUAUUGGAAAUGAAACUAGCUGUGGCAGAAAAGAAGAUGAACUGUGCAGCGUGGCUGACAUACACUUUCUGGUGCUGCAGAACCUGAUUCAAAGUACACUGGCUCUCUCCAACAACCAGAUGAAAUCCUUCCAGUCCUUCCAGACCUUCCGCCUCUACCGUGACUAUCAGGACGACAUCCUGGUGAAAGCUUUCUUGGAUUGUCAGAAGAGGAGCUUGGUGAACCGCCGCCGGGGUAACCACAGCCUGGGCCCCAAGAAAAGUCGGGCACUGCCCUUCGUGCCCAUGUCUUACCAGCUCUCUCAGAGCUACUACAGAGUGUUCACCUGGCGGUUUCCUAGCACCCUUUGCAGUGAAUCUUACCAGUUUCUCUUAAAACUCAAAGAAGCUGGAAAACAGGAUGCCGUUUCCAGCUUUUCCUUUAAGGAUCAAGACAACAUUCCUGGGGCUGAAAUGGUAACAUUUCCUUUAGAUGGGCCAGGAGGCUACUGCUCUGCUCUACUGGCCCUCUUCUCUCUCGGCCUGGUUUCUGUAGAUGUUGCAAUCCCAGAGCAGAUUGUCGUGGUUGACAGCACUAUGGUGGAGAAUGAAGUCAUCAAGAGAAGGUUGGCUGGCUGCAAUCUUCCGCUUGCUGAACCAAGCAUAAGACCAGCCUUCUACUUCAGCUGUGCUGACAUUUCACUCCUCCCUGCCUCUUGUAGCCUAGGGAAAGAUGGGCUGGAGGAGGACGAAGAUGAUGACGAGGAUGAUGAUGUGGAGGAGAACCAAGUCAACAAGCGCCAGAUUGAGGUGAAGGCCCGGCAGGCUUCACGUACUAACUACCUGCUCAUGAGAGGCUAUUGUGCCCCAGGGAUCAUCAACACCCGGCAUUUGAGUCCCACAGACAACAUUGUGGUUGAUUCCUGUCAGGUGAAAGUCAGACUGAGAGCAACACCUGCCCAAAACAGCCUCUUAGCUGAAGUCCCAUCCGACCUGGAGAACAUGCCUGUUGGAGCCUCUUGCCUCCCCAGCUCCUUCACCAAAUGUCUCAGGGUCCCAGAAGAGGGUGAUCCAAAACUUCAGUUGCUGGAUCAUUACAAUCAUAGCCCUGGAGAUGCUGCUGCGGCCCUUGAAAUCUUCUCUGCCAUAGAGGCCACUUCACACUUUGGGGUGGACCAGGUGAAUCUUGCCAGGCAGUUCCAGCAUUACGAAGAAGUUGUUCUUGGGCGCUCUGGGGUCUUGCAGAAAUAUCUUCAGGAUCUUCUUGAUUUGGAGCAGGUGUUGGAAGUAGGUGGAAAAACUACCCGACUGGUGGCAAAGAGAUUUGCAAGUCCGUGGCUGUUGCAUUCUGUGGGUCACAAGGACAUCAGUCAGAGCCUGCCGGACAAAGAGCCGCGUACAAAGAGGGACCAUGCUGAGCAGGAAGGGGAGGCCACCUCCUGUGCUGCAGCAGCAAGAGAAGAACCAGCCAGGAAAAGGCCGAGAGGAGGUGGUGGGGAGGAGGGGUUUCCAGAAACAAAGGCUUUCUCCUCAAACUUCCCAUGCUUGGAGGGAGCCAGGACCCCUGCAGCGCAAGGAGGAGCUGCCGUGCAGAAAUGCAGGAUGGGUAUCCCCUUCUGUAGGCAAAAGGCCCUGGCCCGCCCUGGCAGAGAAGCCUUGGAUGGGGAGAUGCCCUGCCAAGAGCCCCAUGAGGAUUCCUUCUCAUUCCAAGAGGAUAGCAAAACUCUCAACGGAUGUGUGACAGGGCAGUCUCUUCAGGCUGAAACAAGACGGGAUAGCAUCUGCUUUGUGGGGCGGCCAUGGCGCAUUGUGGACGGCAGUCUGAACAAACCAGUCUGCAAAGGGAUCAUGGAAGGGGUGCUUGGCCACAUUAUGACAAAACCUGGCAUCACAGAAGCGGCCCUGCAACACCACUACCUGGGCGUCCUGCAGCCAGUGGCUCUCCUGGAGAUCCUACAGGCUCUGGAGUCUCUAGGCUGCAUCAGGAAAUUCCACUUCGAAAGGCCCGGCGCUGCCUCGCUCUUCUCCAAGCCUGCCCGGGAGGAAGUGAUUACCAGCGGCAAGCUGAGCGACGCUCCGGCCGCCUUCUACGAGCCGACCAUCGACUGCACCCUGAAAAUGGGCAGGGUCUUCCCCUACGAACUGAACUGGAACAAGUGGGGCGCGGGGGCGCCCUUGUGAGCGAAUAAAGCGACUUUAUUA